UUCGCACAAUCCGGACUCCACCAUGGAACAACCCUACAUGCCGAGGAAAAGACCGUUUUACCAAUGUGUGCCUCUGCAGCCGCAAGUAUGCUCUUAGUGAACAUAUCUAGCGUAUCGUUUAUAUUCGUAGAAAUGAUCAUGAUGCUUCGGAGAGAGAGGUAAACUCGGGCCAGUUUGCAUUUUUUAUUUGCCAGAAGCUUUUGGCAACAGUUUCUUUAUUAUAUUUAUUGGAUAUAUUAAUAGGAAAGUGGUCGCUAUCAUGUAGGUCAUCGGAAACUUGCCAAGAAAGAGAAAGUGCAGUUUUAGGGUCACAGAAGCUGAGGUUAAUAGCAGAAAAGGAACCUGAGGGGAUGUUAAAGUGAGUUUUGGAUCCAGUAUUUAACAGACAGAUACCAGUUGAAUUUAUGACUUUUUCUAUUGUGUUGCCUCUUGUGCGAGUUCGGGUGGCGCCCCACAUGUGCAUUAAAGUCUCCAACAAGAAUGUAUAGUUGGGGAAACUGACGAAUUAGGUCUGUUAAUUCUUUUUCAUCGAGGGGGUGAUCCGGUGGAAUUUAUAUACUGCAAAUGAUACAUAGGGAAGAGAAUUUGAAGAAUAUUAUGUAAAGUUGGAAUGUAAAUUAUUCGUCGAAAAUAAAAUUUCUCUAAAGGCAUGACUUAUACGCACGUCCAACGAGUAAGAAUUUUAUAUAAAACUAUAUUGAAAUUACACAGAAGUUUACCAAAUGAAUUGCAAAUUAUCGGCACUAACUAUGCUAGAGAAGAAUUCAAAAGACACAAACGAUGCAGUCGGAACGAGGCAAACAUUUUUAUGAACGAAUGGACGAAUUAUGCAAUAACUUUGGCUAAACAGUUAGGUCUGAGAGGUCCUCAAACAGGCUCCAAAAAAAUCGGUUCUGCUCUGGCUCCAUCGGCGCUAGAUCAAUUACGUGAUGAUCAGAUUAUACAAUUGUACGAAUUGAAGGAGGAAUCUUCGAGAGCCAAAAAUACGGAAGGAACUGUUGAGACAUAAUCAAGAAAAAUAAAUACAAUACUGUAGAAACGGAAAUAAAUUAUUAAUCGAU